CAUCGCGACAUGGCUGCCAGAGAAAUUCCGGACAUCAAGACGCUUCUUGCGAGCCGGAGAGGAGGCAGCACUAGAGCGAGAGGUCGAGGAUUUGGAAGAGGAGGUCCGGGAGCUUCACGGGAGGGCAGUGAAACAAUUAAAGACAGUGCUGUGCGUGGAACAGAUCAAGAUGCCGCCGGCAGCAGAGUGAGCUGCGUAGAGCUUGGGUAUCUGGAUGAUGUGUAUGCGAGUUUAUUCGCUACACAGGCUUCCACAAGAAGACUACCUCUUCUGAACAGAGGAACCUAUGUACGCACUUCAGCAAUCGAUCAGCUCGUCAAUUGCUUCCUGAAUACCCACCCUUCCUCUCCCAAGCAAAUCAUCUCUCUCGGUGCAGGCACCGACACGCGAUACUUCCGUCUCUGUGACGCAUAUCCAUCCACCUCAAUCCGAUAUCACGAAGUGGACUUCCCCACUAACACAGCCGCAAAACUGAACUCUAUAAGACGACAUGCACAACUAUCCAACAAAUUACCAUUAUCCACGCAUCCCCUACCUUCUCCACAGUCAGAAUCCUACCAUUCACCGACGUACAACCUCCAUGCUCUCGACUUGCGGUCCCUCGCCACCACCACCACUCCUUCUCCAGAAACGCCAUCAUCUCAACAACCUCCUGAGCUCACCAACCUCGACCCCUCACUCCCGACCCUGAUUCUCUCCGAGAUGUGCUUAAUAUAUCUAAACCCUGCAACCGUCUCAUCCAUCAUCAAAACCUUCACAACGCAUUACCUCUCCCCCUCCACGCCAGCUUCUCUGAUCCUCUACGAGCCGAUUCUCCCUCAAGACGCCUUUGGCCGCACCAUGAUCUCCAAUCUCGCUACUCGCAAUAUCCACCUUCCGACGCUUACUGCGUAUCCAGAGCUCGGCGAUCAACGGGCCCGGCUGAAGCAGUACGGUUUCGUGACUGGGGCGAAGGCGGUAGAUACGGAGUUUAUAUGGCGAGAGUGGGUCGGGGCUGACGAGAAGGAAAGAGUAGCUGGAUUGGAGAUGCUGGAUGAGCUCGAGGAGUUGGACUUGCUGUUGCGGCAUUAUUGUGUCGCGUGGGGCUACAGAGAUGGUGGCAAUGGCGAUGGUGGCGAUGUCUUUCCCACAGCGUGGGCACACGUCAAAGAGCAAAUAUAG